AUGGCUGAGGCUGGGCAACAACGCGCUCUCACCACGGCUUUUGCCCCGCCGCCUCCUUUGUGGAAACAUUUCACGCCUGACAACGUCAAGAAAUUCGAGGAGAUCAAGAAGGAAGCCUCGAAAGACGUUGAUGGAAAGCCGAAAAAGAAGAAAUGGUCGCCUACCGAAUUGCGAUCUCUCGAUCUACCGGGAGAGCUCCAUUUCCUCGCACCCCCGGAGAUACCCACCACCGGUCAAUACAGUGUUUUUGGAGAACUACAGAACCUCUCUACAACGCUCCCUCCUCUGAAAGACCAAGGCAUUGAGCAACUCUACCCCGAACCCUCAUCCGCCGACGAUCGCCAGGGAUCACAGCCUCGGCCGUUGAAUCACGCCCACUACCUCCUCAGAAUCAGCAAGUCUCUCCUCUUGAACUUCCUCGAAUUUGUCGGUAUCCUGUCGGUCGACCCGGAACAAUUCCAGCCCAAGGUGGAAGAUUUGCGCAACCUGUUCAUCAAUGCGCAUCAUCUUCUGAACUUAUACCGCCCACAUCAAGCCCGGGAGUCUCUGAUUCUGAUGAUGGAGGAACAACUGAGUCGCUCAAGAGAGGAGAUCCAGCAAAUGGACAAGCUGAAGGCUGAGAUUACGGAUGCCUUGGACCAGCUGGAGAAAGAGGGUGCCAAUGUUGGCGCGACCGAGGCCGCCAAGAAUGAUGAGAAACCCGAGCCAACCAAACAAAGCCCGGACGAUUCAGCCUUGGUUUGGAAGCUUCUGGACGAACAAAAUUGA